CUUCCCAACCACCAAAGGGGACAAUUCAAAAGAAACAAACACCCAAAGGGUGGAAUCAUUGCGUGAGAUUGUUACUCAAUAGGAUCAUCUAAGCAAAUGCCUAGGCUGGCCCUACAUUUUCACUCUCUGGGUGCAAUUCCUGUGUAGAAACUUGAAUAAUUGGUCUUUCUCUCCCUGAGGAACCAGAACUUUAUCUGGGAAUUCCUGUUUUCAUGCGUGGGGCCUGGAUCCAUAAACAAGCUUAUUCCCGUGUGCAGGUCUUCAGGGACAUCAGACACAGGUAAAUUUCUUCAGCAUGCCUCCUGCAGAACCUUCACAGUGGGUCUCAGCAGAUCUCUGGACAGUAAAUGUGCAGUGUUCUCAGUAUGACCAACCCAGUAUGACCACUCAGCAAUUUUCCUUAACAGCCUGGAUGAACAAACAAAAUCUAACAGCGCUAACAGAAUUCAUCCUAAUGGGAAUCACAGACCGUCCAGAGCUGCAGGCUCCCUUCUUUGGGCUCUUCCUCAUCAUCUACACGGUCUCCGUGGUGGGCAACCUGGGCAUGAUCAUCCUCACCAACAUGGAUUCCAGGCUCCAAACACCCAUGUACUUCUUUCUCAGACACCUGGCUUUCAUUGAUCUUGGUUAUUCAACUGCUGUGGGACCCAAAAUGCUGGUAAAUUUUGUAACUAACCAAAAUACAAUCCCCUACAACUGGUGUGCCACACAGCUGUCUUUCUUCAUCUUGUUCAUCAUCAGUGAGCUUUUCAUUCUGUCCGCAAUGGCCUAUGACCGCUAUGUGGCCAUCUGUAAGCCUCUGCUCUACACCGUUGUUAUGUCACAAAGGGUGUGCUGGGUGCUGGUAGCCAUCCCCUAUCUCUACAGUGCCUUUCUCUCUCUGACAACCACCAUAAAAAUAUUUAUGUCUUCUUUCUGUGGACAUAAUGUCAUUAGACAUUUUUACUGUGAUAGUCUUCCCUUGUUAACUUUGCUUUGCUCAAGCUCACGUGAUAUUGAGUUGAUAAUACUGAUCUUUUCAGCAUUCAAUUUGGUUUCCUCCCUUGUGAUAGUGCUUGUGUCCUACAUCCUGAUCCUAAUGGCCAUCCUCAGGAUGAAUUCUGCAGAGGGCAGGCACAAGGCCUUCUCUACCUGUGGGUCCCAUCUGACAGUGGUUGUUGUAUUAUAUGCAACACUUUUCUUCAUGUACGUGCAGCCCAAAUCCAGUCAUUCCUUCGAUACUGAUAAAAUUGCUUCUGCAUUCUACACUUUGAUUAUACCUAUGCUGAAUCCCAUGAUCUACAGCCUGAGGAACAAAGAGGUAAAAGGUGCCCUGCAUAGAAUAUGGAAAAGUCUGCACAGACUGCCUAUGUAG